GCGACCAAAAGAUUUGACAGAUAACAGAAAAGGUUGAAACUUUGAAAGCCUAUGAGAUUAUUAAGCUUCUCUUUCUUUUAAUGAGAGAUUAAGCUUCUCUUGCUUACCUUUCCCGGAGAUCGGAGAUAAUGGCUGCUAAUUUCUGGAAUUCGUCUCACUACAAACAGCUUUUGGACCCAGAAGAAGUCGAUGUAGUUCAUGCUCUCGACAAAGAACGUGGAAUUUCCAUUGAGGAUUUUAAGCUCAUCAAGUUCCAUAUGUCCAAUCAUAUUAUGAAAUUGGCUCAGCACAUUAAAGUGAGACAAAGGGUUGUGGCUACUGCAAUUACGUAUAUGAGACGGGUUUAUAGCAGAAAGAGCAUGGUAGAGUUUGAGCCCCGCCUUGUUGCUCUUACAUGCUUGUACCUGGCAUCUAAAGCUGAAGAAAGCAUAGUUCAGGCCAGGAAUCUUGUUUUUUACAUCAAAAGAUUGUAUCCCGACGAGUACAAAUAUGAAUUAAAAGAUAUAUUAGGAAUGGAGAUGAAGGUCUUAGAAGCACUGAACUAUUAUCUGGUUGUGUUUCACCCUUACCGGUCAUUAUCUGAGUUUUUGCAAGAUGCUGCAAUAAACGAUGUAAAUAUGAACCAGCUUACAUGGGGAAUUGUCAACGAUACCUAUAAGAUGGACCUCAUUCUUGUACACCCUCCCUAUCGCAUAGCGCUAGCGUGCAUAUACAUUGCAAGUAUCCACAGAGAGAAAGAUAUAACGGCAUGGUUUGAAGAUCUUCAUGAGGACAUGAACUUGGUGAAGAACAUUGCCAUGGAGAUUCUGGACUUCUAUGAGAAUUGCAGAACUAUCACUGAGGAAAGAGUGAAUUCCGCCUUCAGCAAAUUGUCUUUGAAGCCGUAGCAGCUGGGAAUUGCCUUUCAUCUCCAAGAUUUAUCUGAUGCUCUCUGUCUCUCUCACAGAAAAAAAAAAAAAAAAGAUCAGAGACUUUCUCAAUUGCACAUCUUAGCUUCGUGGCAGAAUUGUAACAUUAAUGUUAAUUCUAUCAAACAUAAUCUUAAUGUUAUAUGACAA